GAGCGGAGCGGGCGGGGCGGAGCGACGCGGCGGUGGCAGCCGUGACCCGAACCGGAUUCGAUUCGAUUCGGUUCGGUUCGCGUUGGCCGCCGCCUCCCUGCAGCCCCGCCGGCUCCCCGCCGCCCGCCGCCGCCAUGGCGCUCAGCGAUGCCGACGUCCAGAAGCAGAUCAAGCAUAUGAUGGCUUUCAUUGAACAGGAAGCCAAUGAAAAGGCUGAAGAAAUAGAUGCAAAGGCAGAAGAAGAAUUCAACAUUGAGAAGGGUCGCCUUGUUCAGACACAGAGGCUGAAAAUCAUGGAGUAUUAUGAAAAGAAGGAGAAACAAAUUGAACAGCAGAAAAAAAUUCAGAUGUCCAACCUGAUGAAUCAGGCAAGACUGAAGGUCCUCAAGGCAAGGGAUGACCUUAUUGCAGAUUUGCUGAAUGAGGCCAAGCUAAGACUUGCCAAGGUGGUGAAGGAUACUGCCAGGUACCAAAUACUGCUGGAUGGACUAGUUCUACAGGGAUUCUACCAGCUGCUUGAGCCCAAAAUAGUUGUUCGGUGCAGGAAACAAGAUCUCCCUAUGGUUAAGGCUGCUAUACAGAAGAGCAUUCCAAUCUACAAAAAUGCCACAAAAAGGGAUGUGGAUAUUCACAUUGACCAAGACAACUUCCUGCCAGAGGAAAUUGCUGGAGGUGUUGAAAUUUACAACAGUGAUGGUAAAAUUAAGGUUUCUAACACCCUGGAAAGUCGGCUGGACCUUGUAGCUCAGCAGAUGAUGCCAGAAAUCAGAGUGGCUCUCUUUGGUGCUAAUGCCAACAGGAAGUUUUUGGACUAAACCUCUAUAAGAGAAGGUGGAAUCUGUUCCACUGCCAUACUGAAGGGAUGCAAAAGCAUCUGCUAAUUCGAAGUCUUGAAAUGUAACAUUACUGUGUCAUCCAAUAUCUCUUCUUCAAUGGAAUAAUUUCGCGUACCUGCUGUGCUUAGCCUCUCCACUUGUGGUUAGAAUUUAUAGCUUAAAGGAUGUGAAGACAUGUAUUCAUCCAAAAGUGACACUAGAAAAUGGAGGCAUUUGGGCUCUUUGCUUUCCUUGCACUGUUGUGGCCCUGUAAAGACCAGUGGUCCGUUUAGGGUCACUCUCUUUGCUUUGGCCUCACCUCUUUCAAGUUGUCCAAUCUGUGACGUAAAUUACUGCGCUGCCCAUGGGAAAUCCCUUUUCAUUUAAGGUCUUCAGUGUUACAGAGGGCAUGCAUUCCUUCCCAGGGUUAGUAGUUUGAUUCAUGUUACUUGAUCAGGCAAUUUUCUGUUCUGUAUAUGUGAUUUAAAAAAAAAAAAAAGCCUGAGCCUGUAAAACUUUAUUUAUUAAAAUAAAAAUGCGUGUGUGUA